AUGGGAGCCUACUCCCUGGCCUACAUGGGAGCCUACUCCCUGGCCUACAUGGGAGCCUACUCCCUGGCCUACAUGGGAGCCUACUCCCUGGCCUACAUGGGAGCCUACUCCCUGGCCUACAUGGAAGCCUACCCCCUGGCCUACAUGGGAGCCUACUCCCUGGCCUACAUGGGAGCCUACCCCCUGGCCUACAUGGGAGCCCUACCUGUACAAGUGUUUGUUAAAAAUGUUAAUGUUAAUAUGGAGAAACAGACGGAGCUACAGUGCCAACACUUGUCUUUUAUGGUCACUGGUUCGAGACUCGCAGUUGGCAAGUUGUGCAUUAAGCUCGUGGUUCCAAUUGGUGGAACAAUUUCGAGGGGCGGUGAGGUUGGCCGCCCACCCAACAGGUUGGUUGACCGCCCACCCAACAGGUUGGUUGACCGCCCACCCAACAGUGUGGUUGACCGCCCACCCAACAGGUUGGUUGACCGCCCACCCAACAGGUUGGUUGACCGACCACCCAACAGGUUGGUUGGCCGCCCACCCAACAGGUUGGUUGACCGCCCACCCAACAGGUUGGUUGACCGCCCACCCAACAGGUUGGUUGGCCGCCCACCCAACAGGUUGGUUGGCCGCCCACCCAACAGGUUGGUUGACCGCCCACCCAACAGGUUGGUUGACCGCCCACCCAACAGGUUGGUUGACCGCCCACCCAACAGGUUGGUUGACCGCCCACCCAACAGGUUGGUUGACCGCCCACCCAACAGGUUGGUUGACCGACCACCCAACAGGUUGGUUGACCGCCCACCCAACAGGUUGGUUGACCGCCCACCCAACAGGUUGGUUGACCGACCACCCAACAGGUUGGUUGACCGACCACCCAACAGGUUGGUUGACCGCCCACCCAACAGGUUGGUUGACCGCCCACCCAACAGGUUGGUUGAAAGCCCACCCAACAGGUUGGUUGACCGCCCAACCAACAGGCUGGUUGACCGCCCACCCAACAGGUUGGUUGACCGCCCACCCAACAGGUUGGUUGACCGCCCACCCAACAGGUUGGUUGAAAGCCCACCCAACAGUGUGGUUGACCGCCCACCCAACAGGUUGGUUGACCGCCCACCCAACAGGUUGGUUGACCGCCCACCCAACAGUGUGGUUGACCGCCCACCCAACAGGUUGGUUGAAAGCCCACCCAACACGUUGGUUGACCGCCCACCCAACACGUUGGUUGACCGCCCACCCAACAGGUUGGUUGACCGCCCACCCAACAGUGUGGUUGACCGCCCACCCAACAGGCUGGUUGACCGCCCACCCAACAGGUUGGUUGACCGACCACCCAACAGGUUGGUUGACCGACCACCCAACAGGUUGGUUGACCGCCCACCCAACAGGUUGGUUGACCGCCCACCCAACAGGUUGGUUGAAAGCCCACCCAACACGUUGGUUGACCGCCCACCCAACAGGUUGGUUGACCGACCACCCAACAGGCUGGUUGACCGCCCACCCAACAGGCUGGUUGACCGCCCACCCAACAGGCUGGUUGACCGCCCACCCAACACGUUGGUUGACAGCCCACCCAACAAGUUGGUUGACCGCCCACCCAACAGGUUGGUUGACCGCCCACCCAACAGGUUGGUUGACAGCCCACCCAACAAGUUGGUUGACCGCCCACCCAACAGGUUGGUUGGCCGCCCACCCAACAGGCUGGUUGACCGCCCACCCAACAGGUUGGUUGACCGCCCACCCAACAGGUUGCUUGACCGCCCACCCAACAGGUUGCUUGACCGCCCACCCAACAGGUUGCUUGACCGCCCACCCAACAGUGUGGUUGACCGCCCACCCAACAGGUUGGUUGACCACCCACCCAACAGGUUGGUUGACCGCCCACCCAACAGGUUGGUUGACCGCCCACCCAACAUGGGCAGCCAACCACUUUAG